UUAAGAUGUGAGUGUUUUUUCAUAAUUUGAACGAUGAUUCUUAAUCGAGUUAAUUAACAGUUUGGUUGUUUUUGUACCUUGAUUGAAAGUCAAGCCACAAUGGAUAAUCAUAAAACCGUUGGCAGUUUUCCAGUUUUUAGUGACAGUGUACAAAAUUUAUCGGGCAAGCCAACAGUAAUAUUUCAUUCGGAAGAAAAUUUCACGGCACAUAGUAAUCAUCUGAAUCAACCAAGGAGUGCUACUUUUCACCAAAUAUAUAAUGUAAACCAGUGCACAAAACUUCAAGAAGAUAAAAGUGUGGUAUCCUGUUUAAAUAGUAUUAGCGAUAAUAGUAGUAGUUUACCACAUCGAACCACAGACAAAUUUAAACGGUUUUCAGUGGAUAAUUUGCUACAGAUUGCAAAUUUUACCUGUGAUGAGCAUGCUUCUGACAUACACGUGGCAACGGAUCCAAACAAAUCGUCUGAUACAGGAUUGGCAUCAAAUAAAAAGCUAAGAAGAAAUCGAACAACAUUUACGUCUGAUCAAUUGGCUGCUCUUGAGCAAAUCUUUGAAAGAACACACUAUCCAGACGCAUUUCUUAGAGAAGAAAUUGCAAAUAAAGUUGUAUUGAGCGAAGCACGCGUUCAGGUGUGGUUUCAGAAUCGCCGUGCCAAGUUUCGCCGCAAUGAGCGUAGCAUUACAGUCAGCCCACAUUCGUUGCCUACAAUAUCGCCAGCUUAUCAUUUGGUAUCACCAUCGAAGCAGCAUAAAUCAAUAAAACCACUCCCCUCCCAACCAGAUAUGCCGAAUUCUUACCCGAUAAACCUACAAAAUCUCAGUACAAUGUUUUCAAGUCCAUCCAGGAUUGGUAACUUUUCAUACAGCGAGAUAAUGUCUCCACAGGAUGCAAAUUCAUUGAGCUUCCAUACGACCAAUUACCCUGCACCAGCAAUGCCCAACUACCAAUUUUCUACAUUCAAAUAUUAGUACUUACCAUUUUGUAAUGUUCAUCAUUGAGGUGUAUAUAAAUCAUGGUUGCA